GUCGCUGGCUACAUAGUGUUGAGAUAAGAGCUGGACUCUCUUCCGUUUGGUCCGAGAUGAACAUGUGUGGCACAUUCCUUGGACCGAGUCAAACUGGAGAAAUCCACACCAUAGAGUGUGAAACCAGACCCCUUCUAAAUGCGUCGUGUGUCACCGUGAAAAUAGUCCGUCCUAACUACAUAACAGACGACACUAAUGCAAUCGGCGGCAAAAACGCUUUGAUGGUAAACCUGGCGCUUGGUAAGACCGUCGCUAGUAGCAGCCUCUAUCCAUAUCCCCCAUAUACAAAUGUAAAAAAAAAAAGUGCCAUUGAUGGUAAGACAGAAUUUACUGACAACAGUCUACUGUUUCACACAGACUUCGAACUUUAUCCCUGGCUGACUGAAGACCUAGGAACACUAAGUAUUGUGAAGAAUGUUAUUCUUUAUACCAGAAGCGAUGGCCAUGGUCGCUGGCUACAUAGUGUUGAGAUAAGAGCUAGAAAAUCUGAGAUGAACAUGUGUAGCACAUUCCUUGGACCGAGUCAAACUGGAGAAAUCCACACCAUAGAGUGUGAAACCAGACCCCUUCUAUAUGGGUCGUAUGUCACCGUGAAAAUAGUCUGUCCUAACUACAUUACAGACGACCAUAUGGCAAUCGGCGGCAAAAACGCCUUGUGUUUAAGAGAAAUUGUUGUCAAUGGCCUUUAUGCAUAA